AUGAAGUUAUCUAUUUUAUUAACUAGUUUUGUUGCUGUAGGUACGGCAUUCCCACUCGCUAAUUGGAAAUGGAGUGAUUUCCAAACUUUGGAAGCAAACGAGCCCAGAUUAAUCAAGUUAGGGCCCGAUGAAUAUCAAUUGGUUACUGAAUCUAAGAAAUUAGAAUACAAAAGAUCGAAUAGGAAGUUCAUCGAUGUUACCAACCAAAUUCCCAUCGAGGAAGCCAUUAAAAAUGGAAUGAUUGAACAUUCUACCGCAGACCUUUGGACGAAGGUUUUGACGUUGGGCUCUACGCAAUUGAAGCAGUUAAACAAGCCGGUUCCCGAUUAUAAGUACCCAGCUACAUUUGAGCACACGAAAGAAAUUAAAAAGAUUUAUGAAAGCAUAGACACUGACUUAAUGCACGAGAAGUUGUCAAAAUUUACUUCAUUCUUCACAAGAUAUUAUAAAUCGUCGACUGGAUUCGAAAGUGCUAAGUGGUUGAAAAAGGAAAUAUUAAGCAUUGUUGAACCAGUGAAGGGCAGCGGUGUAGAUGUGAGGGAAGUAAAACAUGAUGGUUGGGAUCAGUUUUCUAUCAUAGUCAGUAUACCCGGAGAAAAUAGUGAAAAAGUUGUGAUUGGGUCGCAUCAAGAUUCGAUCAAUUUAUUAUUCCCCAGUUUGUUAAAAGCUCCUGGUGCUGAUGACAACGGGUCAGGUACUAUUACUUGCUUAGAGUCAUUGAGGUUGAUUGCAGGUGAAUUGGCCAAUGGCUUCAAGCCAAGAAAUACACUUGAGUUUCAUUUCUAUUCUGCAGAAGAAGGUGGUUUACUUGGAUCUAUCGAUGUUUUCCAUAACUACUCCGAAAACAAAGAAGUAGUUAUCGGAAUGCUUCAACAGGAUAUGACUGGGUUCACGGCUAAGACAAUUGAUGCUGGAGUUGAACCCCAUUUCGGUUUAAUUACAGACUACACCUCGGUAGGACUUAAUAAUUUUAUCAAGCUAGUCAUUAGUGAAUACUGCAGCAUUCCAUACCAUGAAACUGCCUGUGGAUAUGCAUGUUCCGAUCACUCGUCUGCUAUUGAAAAUGGAUACCCAGCAAGUUUCAUUAUCGAAAGUGAAUUCAAAUUAAGCAACAACUAUAUCCACUCUGUCAUGGACACGAUUGACAGACUUGAUUGGGACCAUAUCAAGGAGCAUGUCAAGUUAACCGUUGCAUUUGCUUAUGAAUUGAGUAUGGCUGACGUCCAAGUUUAA